AUGGCUCCUGAGGCACCUGAUCCUCAGAGCUUGAAGUCGUGGCACGAUGCAUUCCAAUACCCGAUUCCCACGGUUCGCCGUGUGGAACAGGAGCUGCGCCGGGACAUCGCGAGCAAUAAGGAGAAGCUCCGAGCUCUUGUAGGGACGAGAUAUCGUGAGCUAGUCGGGACUGCCGAGACAAUUGUGGCUAUGAACCGCGACAUUCAGGACGUGGAAAGCCUCCUAGCCGACGUGGGACGUCGGUGCAAUCCCCGACUCGUGGAGAGGAAGCAUGUCCAUGUCCGGCAAAUAAAGACUGGUGAUGCUGAGAAAGGUAAGAAACUAUUUGGAGGAUAUGAGGAAGCUGUGGCUGAUAUUGGGCCUACAGACGCAGAAAAACACGCGUUUGGCGCGCAGCUUUCUUUCCUUCACCGAUGCACAACGUCCAUCAGCCGGCUGCUACGGCGUCGCACAUCUCUCUUGUUGGUUGCAAAGAUUCUGGUUGUCUCUCGAUUAUUACACAAGACACUAUCACAACACGAAUCGCUUCCUCCGUUCCUUGACGAUCUCCGCAAUCAGUUGGCUUCCCUUCGGCGAACCCUUCUCAAACGAAUUGAUAAACGCCUUGCAUCUGCCAAUGCCACAGAGGAUGUCAUUAUCGAAUCAUUGGCUGCAUACUGCCUUGCAACGAGCUCUUCUUCUGAUGAUGCCAUCCAUCAUUUCCAUCAAGUGCGUCUGGACGUUAUAACCAGCCAGCUGGAUUCGUCUCGUGAGAACAUACCCAGGGCUCUCAAACUCUUUGUUCAGACGCUACAGGUCUCAAAGGUAUUGCGAUCCCGUCAGUUUGCCGACGUUCUCUCAAAGCUCAAGGCUCGACCUCUGCUUGCCGAUCCCGAGAUCCAGACCCUAGAUGGCCUGGAAGUUGAAGUUCUGGGCCGCUGGGUAGCUCCAGAUGUCACCAACUUUACCCCAUGGAUUAAACUGAGUGAACUAAGCAGGAGCCAGGGCAUCGAAUCGAUCAAAGAAUGGUCUCUCCAUGCCUUCGAGAAAUUCGCCGAAGGCUGCCAAAAGACCCUGGUUCACAGCACUGAAUUCUCCGAACUUCUUUCGUUGCGUACCGAGACUGUGGAGCUGUGGCUCUCAUCUUGGGGAUCAACUAUCAUACACGGCUCAGUGGAUGUCCUUGAUCGACUUCGAAAUAUCUUCAAUGAUCAUCUCAGAAGAAUCUUGAAUGUACAAGCCCAAAGCCUAGACGACGUCGGAACUCAAGUCUCAACCCUAAUAUCAAAGUGGGAGGAAGUCGACCACACCUCCGUCGGAUCUCUGUGGGACUCCGAUCUCACCACUGCAGAAUACAUGAAUGGCGCACAAACAUUCAAAAGAACUGUGGCAGACAGACUGCUGGGCCGUGAUGAAGACGUAUCCACCGUACUCGUGAAAUACGAAGCAUGGCUAUCCUCAAUCGAAGAAGUCAACGAGUCAAUCGACUCUCUCCGUCGCAUGCGCUGGACUGAUAUUUUCAUCGGCACCGAGAUCGACGAUGAUGAUAUUGACAUCACACCUCUACUCAACGAGGAUGAUCCCAAGCAUCUGUCUGACUCCCUGCACUCCGCAGUUCGAGAGGCAUUCAGCGCUCUACAAACAUCAUUCAGCGACACCUUCAAGUCAUUCGGCCCCUCGCAUUCAAGCCAAAAAGCCACUUUCCUACUUAGACUCAUCCGACUCAUCCGACGAAAUAUCUCUGCCACCUUCGUAUCGUCAGACUUCAUCUUCUCGUCCGAUAUCGUCCCGGAAUUACAGAAAAUCCUAGCAACAGAAGUCAUGAGCAAGGCCGGUCCGCCGAGCUUCGUUCCGUCCCCGCUGAACCACCCACAAACAGGAAAAAUCAAAGUCUUACCAGGUCGCUCACUCUGGGAAGGGGAACCCGCUAUACCCGUUCAGCCAUCGGUUUCAAGCUUCAAGCUCCUGCGCCGUCUUACUUUUGCUAUGAAUACGUGUGGAUUGGAUCUGUGGGAUCCGUCCACGGUACAGGUGUUGAAGCAGGAUUUGAAAAUGCAGCUUGGGUCUGUGUUCUCGUCCUCGCUGGAUGUUCUUGAUAGUGCAGAUACCAGUGGAACCGAGAGUAAGAAGGAGCAUGAUCAACACACUAGCGGUGACGAGGAGGAACAGCAGGGUUCGAAGAAGACUACGUCUGAGAGCACUGAUUCAGAUCAAAGUGAAAGACUUAAUGACUGGAAGGUGCAGCUGUUCUUCGACUCUCUGUAUCUUUCCGAGAUGCUCGGUAAAAAGAAUCAGCUCGCUAAUAUCGAGCGAGCUCAGAAGAGUGCUGGUUGCAAUGCGGAGACUGUUGAGAUGAUUAAGAAGCUUGCAAAUGAGUCCUGGUCUCGGACAGAGAUGCUGUUUGGUCUUUUGGCAGGACGUUGA